AAGGUGGUUGGGCUAGCCAUGUCAUUUUCCCUUUUAGGUUUCCUUUCUUUAAAACCAGUCCUCUGCCGUUGCUACGCAGCUGCUGCCUACAGCACUUCGUCGCCCACUCGGCAAACAACACUAUCCCACCCAAAUACCCGAGUCUCUUCCUUGUAUGAUUAAACUAUGGAGCAAGGAACCGUCAAAUUCCUAACAAUCUCCGAGCUCCUCCGUCAAUCUCUUCCUCGCACCGGCUCAUCUUCACUCAUUUCCAAUCCUUCUCCAAAAACUCCACCACCCCAGUUUUCACCCUCCCUACCCAGUCCCGCACUUUCUCCCCAAAAAAUCCUCAAAUCCUUUAACCAACCAACUGUUCUUACUGGAACCCUUUUUCUUCCUCCUGAUGGAGAGAGUUCACCUCCGAAGUGCAAUUGUUUUCAUUUCUCUGAUGGGUCUGCUACUGUUUGUUGUGACAUUCUUAAGUUCAAUCCGUGUAUGAUUAACAAAAAAGUUCGAAUUUUUGGUUGGAAUUUCAUACCCUUCCAGUGUAAUGGUGGGUUUUUAGAAAUUAUUAAGUGGGGUUUUCUCGGUUCUUCUUCUGCUUAUUCGGAUACUUUUUCUAUACUUUCUGGGUGUUGUGUUGAUCGAUAUGAUGAUAGUAUAAAAGCUCGGUACAUUAUAUGCGGGGUAGUAGAAUCUGUUAGCCCUGUUUCUGUAGUUCCAUGCAGAGCCGGGUCUAGAGCUGAUACGGAAAAUCUUCGGGGUUUCCUCGUAAAUAUUUUAGUUUGUGGGUGUAAAUUGUGUAAUUCCAAAGAUUUAAGAUUGGAUUUGCGGAAUUUGAAUGAUGAAAUGGGUAGUCAUUGUUAUAACAAACCUGAGAUUGUCUACUAUUGUGGGUCUGCUGCUUCUUGGCAUCCAGUGUUUUCAAAACUGAUAAGGAGGAUUGUUUCAUUAUCUGGAUUGAAGAAGAGACUUGUAUUUGUGGGGAAAAAUGUGUCUCAAUUGAUGUAUGUAGUUGUGGAUAAUUCUUUGAUGUAUAUUCCUAAGUUGCCCCUGCAAUGUAUCCCCCUUAGAGAAAUUGAUGUCAGAGGGGAAGGAGAACUUGUUAGUUAUACGGGAACUGUGACAAGAAUUUACAUGAGAGGUAUGAUUGUUGAGUUGGACAAUGAACUCUUACUAUUGUUAACAGAUCAGCAGCUUUCUGUUCCACAUAGUGUGAGAGUAGGAGCAAUGGUAUCUGUGAAAAACGUUCAUGUUGUAAGUCCAAGUUAUUCAUGGACAAAGACACUAAUACUCGGCUCUUGUGUUAAAACUAGCAUUUCUGUGGAAUGUUUCUCCUCACUGGAAGCAGGGUGUUAUACAGCGACCUGUUGUGAAAGCCUUCUUGCGAAGUUUAUAGACUCCUUGGUGUUUGCUGCCAGGCUAUGGAUGUUACUUGUCAUCAUCUGUUUCAGGAGAAAGUUCUCUGGGAUCUUAUCUGAGAAAGAGAUUUUGGGAUCCACAAAUAGGAAAGGAUUGGCUCAGAUAUAUGCAACUUCAUAUUUACCCCCUUCAGUCUUCCAAAUUCGGCAUGGGAUGUUAAUGGAAUUUGUCAAGCAUGAUAGAUGUGCUUGUGGCUGGGAAAGAAGUUCUGCUCCUUUGAAGUUGGUGGCACCCAUUGGUAAUUUAAUUUAUUCUUGUGAGGCCAUGUGGAAGAAAAUGCUUUUCCAUCAGAACACAGAUUUUGAUAUUAUGGGUACCCAAAAGGAGAAUAACUCCAUAUCUUGUGGUGGGAGACCUUAUGUGCUGUCUAUAAAAAAAGCCAUUCACAGUGAAGACAUAGGUGUUUCUUUGCUUGGAAUGUUAAAGGUCUCACAGUCCUCCGGAAGGAUGUUGCUUGUUGAUGCAACUGGAAGCAUUGAUGUUAUCAUACCAGAUCUUCCAUCAAGUUUAAAUACCAAUAACAUAUAUGAGAUCCGAAAUUUUUUGGCAAUUAUGGAAGACAUACCCAUGAAGCUGGAUCAUGUGGAUUUACUCCAAAAUGAACCUUUUGAGUGCAGAAGUAUUUUUGAGAAUGCUUCACCUGUGAGAGAGAUGAACAUGCCACUCCAUUUUUUCUACAACCUGAGGGACAUAAUACCCAUAGAUCAUCAUUUUACGACCUGUAUAGAUUCACAAGUUGACUUUCGGAAGGUUGGACGAGGAAAGUAUCAUCUACUUCAGUUGAUGCACAAAUUCCCUAUUCUGCAAAAGUUCCAAGGAGGUCAACAUGCUUCAAGUACGUCAAGCGCAUUUGCUGAGGCCUUAAUACUGCCUUGGGAUUUACUUAUUUCUGACAAAAGCAGAGAUUCACGUAUUGAUAAGCCUUUGAUAGACCAAUUGAAGAAACCAAUGAAAUUUUUUAACAGAGUGGAAAAUGGAAAACUUAUUGUGUGUAAAAGACAAAAACCUGACCAACUGUCUAAUGAGGUGUUUAUGUCUGCACUCAAUGAUACUAGAAUUGCACCGAGUUGCAGUUCCAGUCAAUCAGCGUACACGCGCCCUUUUGUGGUAGGCAAGCAUCAUAACCCAUGUGGCCCAGAGGAGAUCCCGUGUGUUGUGACCGGAAAUUGUAUUAAUUAUCCGUCCCUUGGUGUGUUACACCACACAGACGCCAAAGCAGAUGUGGGGUCUUGCUCCAAACCACAAGUGAAAAGGGCAUUGCUGGAAUUCGAAUCUGAAGCUUUAUCUGUUUUUGAGGUAUUAAAAAUUGGUGGUCAUUACCUUAUAAAACAUCAGAAAGAAGACAUGUUUUGUACUGAUGGAAUAAGUGGUAAAAUAGUUGUGAAUUCCGGAACAAACAUUUGGAACGUUUCUUUUUCAUCUCUCAAUGUUCUCCCAAAUUUAGAUGUAUCCUGCUUGCUGCAGCAGUCUGACUCUUUUUUAAGUCACAAUAGUGAUCUUUCAGAAGGCUAUCAUCAGUUCCAAAUUCCAAACUGUGUGCCCAGAAAUGGAAGAAAUGAUAUCUCUUCAGAUGUCAACUUAUAUUUUCCAUCUGAUAUCACAAACUUAUUUGAUGUUAACUUGGAGUUGUUGGAGGACUGUUCUCUCGAGUCUCUUGUUCCAUUUGGAGAAAUGACCAACAUCUAUCCCUCUGUUCAUAAUUUGCCUGAGGGAAACCUAACUGCUAUUCAUGGGCAGAUCAAGGCUGUUCAUUGUUUAGAUGAAAAAUCCUAUGCAGCACAUUUAAGGUGUGAGAGCAUCAACGGUGUUUGUCUUUCAUUAUCAGUAAAAGGAACUACCAGUAUGUGUGUCCAUGUUUUAAUGGACCAUAAGAUGGUCAAGAUUUUUGGCUCUGCAAAUAAACUUGCUUAUCCUGCUGGAUUUGGACGAGGCGUCACUGCAUCAUUUCACAGAGUACUUGUCCUCAGUUUGCAGAACAACUUUAUGUUGCUACCUACAUCCUUCAUUGUUAUCAACCCAUCAAGUUUGAUAAAUGAUCAUAAUGAUGAUGCGCACACCUCCAAAUCUGCUGCUUUGGACUUGGAUGGUGGUUCUCUAUUCUGUGCUAACACGACAUCUCUAAUUUCUGAUGCAGUAAGCUGUGUAGAGACUCAACCAGUGGAGUUCCAUUGCAGGGUUGUGGCUAUUUAUGUCCUCGUUCUGGAGUACAACACAAAAGGCAAAUACCUUCUGUCAAGAGUUGAGUCUAGACCUAAUUCAUUUGUGUUUGACAUUCCACUUGCUGGUUUUAUCCUAGAUGAUGGGUCAUCAUCAUGCUGUUGCUGGGCUAGUUGGGAUAGGGCAGCAGCUUUUCUGGGGUUACUUGAUGUAGUAGUUUUAGGUGAAGCCUAUGCUAAAACUCGCAAGAAGUCAAGGAAGACGAGGAAAAAGCAAGCAUGUAGCAGUUUAGCUGUUUCCCGCUUAAGGAGAAUUAUGAAGCGGUAUGGCAGGGUCACAGUGAGAAACCAGGCCUCCACCUUUAAUUCAUCAUGUCAAGAUCUUGUAUUUUCUGCCAAGCCUGAGAAGAUUUUAAAUAGUUUGGAUCGGGAUUUCUUUCAGUCCCUCAUCCUCAAAGCUUGCUGCAGCACCCUUUUGACCGUUGUUGGCAGUCUGAUGAGUUCAGACACUAUCAGACAACUAGACACUCAUUUGACUGAGCUUGAUAUGGUGAUGCUUCCCAUGCAAAAUGUAUGGGUUUCUGAAGUUCGUCACAUGGACAGCCUUGCUCAGGCUAAAAAGAUCCUUCAAGGACUUGUUGAAGGCUGAAUUCGUGAAAGCCUAAAGAGAGUGUGCUUCACAGAUUUCAGUGUGAUCUGAUGUAAAUUGUAAUGUACAUUUCUACAUGGAUUCUCUUCUUAAUUAUAUCUUCAUGUCAUUUCACAAAAAACUAUGUAGAAACUCCACCAUAUUGAUGUUUUUCUUUCAAAAGCGAAGAUUUUGUUAGUCUUCUGGCUUUGACAUUUAUGUUCGAUUUGCAGUCAUAUUUUUUGACAUCUUCAUCUUGUAAUGGAGGGAGCCUUGGAGUAACUGCUAAAGUUGUUGCCAUGUGAUCAGAAGGUCACGGGUUCAAGUCUUGGAAACAACCUUUGGCAAAAAUGCAAGGUAAGGCUGUGUACAAUACACUCCUAUGAUGGGGCCGUUCCUCGGACCUUGCGCACACAACGGGAGCUUUAGUUCUCCGGGCUGUCUUUUUUUUUUUUUUUUUCUUGUAAUCAUUGUUCAAGUAUGCUCUUUGGCUGUUCUUUAUACUUGUACGUACAUGGAUUCAUUGUUUGAUACCUAUCAGAAAGUUUUUGCUCUCAAUCAUGGAUAAUGGAUUCG